CGAUAAUACCAAGUUUUGUGGAACGUCUAGAGACGUGCUGCGUAAUCGUCGUUUCUGAUAACGCUUACGAGAUUGAUGCUUUCGAGUUUUCAGUACGUUCUCGAUCGGUACUCUAUAUGGAUUAUAGAGCGUCGUGCUUCGCGAUCUGAAUACGGAGUUUCGAAUAUUUCGGCAGCCACGAAGUUCACCUUACGCGAUAGUUCAUGCUUGUAUCAGCUGCGCGACGUAAACGCGAGUUCGUAAUUUCGCAAGUUAAUUGUGCUCGAACAAACGUAAACAACGUUGACCUUGUUCCCGGAAGAGUCGUGGAAAAUCAGCCGUGAUGGCGCCCGGCACCGUAUUCGCUGCCUUCUCGGUCCUCAAGGAUCACGUCAAAUUCAAAGUCAAUCAGAACCGAGUAGCCAUUGACAAUAUCGUUUUCAGAUUACAUUAUAGAGCUACGUUUUUGUUGCUUCUCGUUUCGUCCAUUCUGGUCACCUCCAGACAAUUUAUCGGGGAACAUAUCAGGUGUAUCGCCGACGAUGGAGUACCGUCUCACGUCAUCGACACCUUUUGCUUUUUCAUGUCCACAUACACCGUGGUGAAGCAUCUGAAUGCUACCGCGGUACUGCAGGGCGAAUUGCCGCAUCCGGGCGUUGGACCAAAUGCCAAAGACGACCCCGUCAUACACCACGCUUAUUACCAAUGGGUGCCCUUUGUCCUGUUCUUCCAGGCGCUUCUCUUUUACUUGCCGCACUACCUAUGGCGGAAAACGGAAGGCGGUCGUUUAAGCAUGCUGGUAUCAGGAUUGCACAUGACAUCUUUGUCGUUAAAUGAAACGGAGCUCAAGAUAAACGAUAAUAUGAAGGUACCGUCGAAAAAAGAUCGCGACGAGAAAAUACAACAGAUUCGCACCGGCUUUAUAAAUCGCUUGCAUUUGAAUCGCCCGUGGGCAUACAGUCUGAUGUUUUGCGAGUUCCUGAAUUUCGUAACCGUGAUCGUGCAAAUUUACUUGACCAACUGGUUCCUCGGAGGAGCUUUCCUGGAUCUCGGCCGGUCGGUCUCCGAGCCGGCGUCUAAGGAUAAAGUUGACCCACUCGAUAUAGUAUUCCCAAAGGUAACCAAAUGCAAAUUUCAUAAGUACGGCCCUUCGGGUACCAUACAAAAGCACGACGCGCUGUGUGUGAUGGCAUUGAAUAUCGUUAACGAGAAGAUCUACACAGUCCUUUGGUUCUGGUUCAUCGUGCUGGCAGUGAUAACCGGUUUGGGAUUGGUUUGGAGACUACUGACCAUGAUCCUUCACUCGAGAAGUACGUCAUUCAACAAACUCGUGUUCUCCAUGGCGUGCCCUGGAAAGUACAAUCCGUGGAACGUGCUCAAGGUCACUCACGAGUAUUACUUCGGUGACUGGCUGUUUCUCUAUUACAUCGCAAAGAAUCUGGACAAUUAUGUAUUCAAGGAACUCCUUCAGAGUUUGGCAGAGGAUCUGGAGAACAAACGUCACGCGCGUUACAAAAUCCUGCCGCUGGACGUGGAGCAAGAACUGCUGAAGAAGCAAUGGGAAGAUAACGUUAAACUUCCCAUAAGUCCCUAAUUGAACACGAGCAUAAAAUGGGCCGCUAAAUAAUUAUCUGUAAAUAGAUGAUUUUCAGAAUCGGAAAGAUCAAUGAUGGAGAUAAAUAGAUCAGUCUUUUAAGAUCCAUAUUGUCCAUUUUUGAUAGAAAUUCAAGCUCUAUAAUAUACAUAUUAUUUUUAUAUUCUAUUAAAUAUGUCAAAAUUCCUAUGAGAACGUUGGCAGAAAGCCAAUGAUAGUCCUAAUAGAUAAAUAUCGAAUAAAUCUGUCCCAAUUAAUCGUGCGACUUUUAUCGCACGAUUAUCGACGAUUAUCGCGUAAAGUUUACGCCAUUAAAUCUGAGAUCGCUAUCUCGCGUGCAAAAAUGCAGACUACACAAAGCAGACAGCAAGAAACUAUAUUGUCGCACCUAUACGUGGACAAUCUCGCGUGCGUUCGCACGCGUAUUAUAACACUGCCAAAUUGCCUCUUUAUGUAUAAAUGUAUAAUACUUUAGCCGCGAUUUACUACGAUUGUAGAAUAAUGCGUCUCGCGUGCGUCGUCGGGGAGUCGCAUUUGUAGCUGUGCGCGCGCGCGCCACGCAUGACAUAACUGCGCGCAGUCGAUCGUCUUUUUAACUACCUCGUACGGAAGAUUCGCGUGUGCGUUACGUGCGAUCGUAUGUCGAGCACAUGCGCGUGCAAGCGGUUAUAUACGUGUAAAUACGUCCGUACGUUGCACCGACUCGAUAAAUGGGCCCCCGACAAUAGUUCGGAUCGUUAAGUCGUUAAGGCCUCUGAUUGGAAUUGUGCUGUGGCCUAGUAUCGAACAUUCAAUACAUUUAGAUUUUAUGGUACGACUCUCGCCGGGGCCGCCGCUCGCGAGAGUUAUUACUACCCGCGUGUCUUUUAUCGGUCGUUCGAAAAUAUCGACUCGACAGAAGGUCUCACGUAAUUAUUUCAUACUUAUCACCUUGCAUCGAGUAUAUAUCUUCGCCAUGUCUUCACGAGAGAAAUCAUUUUCGUCUGAAUCGACCGUACUUUCAUCCUUAUAAAAUUGUUGUAAAAACCAUAUUAUGGUUUCUUAAAAUAAUUGCAUCUAGAUGUUACAUAACCGAUUGGCAUAAAUUGCAUUAAAUAUUAAUGCAAUAUAUUGUAUGUUAUAGCAAAAACAUAGUAUUUAUAUAAUAUAUAGAUUUUUAUAUUUUAAAUGCAGAUGCUGUCAAUAAAGAUUUAUAGUGAU